CUAUUUGUAAGGAAUUUUGGUGCAAAAAGCGACACUUAUCAGGAUAUACAGUCGUUUUCGCUUUCACUCAAAUCGUUUUUGAAGUUGCAUAUAUCCAGUACUGCGCAAUAGGCAAAACAGAAUUUUCAGCGAUGAAUCACUCGUCGUCAAUAUCUUGGAUCUAUGGAUAGCAGGGCAAGAAACGACGUCAACAACUUUGUGCUGGGCUAUGAUCUACUUGCUGAGAAAUCCGAAGGUCAUGACUACUGUAAGAGAAGAACUGCUCAAAGUCACUGGAGGAUCCAGACCUCUUUCACUAGCUGAUAAGCAGAAUACUCCGUAUUUUGUUGCUACACUUACGGAGAUACAACGGAUGUCGUCAAUAUUAAACAUAAACAUCUUCCGAUUAGCUGACUCCGAUACCGAGAUUGGUGGACAUCCUGUGCCAAAAAAUACAGUAGUAUCGGCAGAGCUAUCGCUGAUCUUGAGCGAUGAAAGCAGAUUUCCAAAUCCUGAAAAGGUCGGCAAUGAUCAUUUACCCAUUUUUCGUUUUUUCUUUUUAUACUAA